CUCGACGAUGAGCUCCCCCACUCGAACGUCGAGCAGACUGGUGUACAGAGGCAGCCUGACGCUCCCCGACUCACAUAUAACCCUCGAUGGCAUUGCCUUCUCUGCCAUGCUCACGGCACAGACGACCCUACUGCAAAAUCCCCUCGCCUUGGCCUUGGAAUCACUUCGUGGCAUUGCAAUACGCUUCGUCGCCGUCAUCAACCUCGCCGAUGUCUACUACGACACCAAAUCAGCUCCGAGGAUCGUGCUUGAUAUACACCCUCAGGCUGUCCUUUCCACAGUUUACUUCCAGAACAUUUUUUGCCUCCGGGCAGAGCAAACCUAUUCGAUAGGUGUUCAGGUUGCACUUGGGGAUACGGACGCGACGAACAUCAUUAUUUACGCGUCUUCCGUAGAGAAGGAUGCAUUGCAGCUACUAGCCGCACGGAUAACACCACCACCAGUACUAUUACCUCGGCCCGACGACCCCACUCCUCGCAAGCCACCGAUACUCUUGCAUGCUAAGGGUAGAGAUCUUUUCCCUCUAAAGCCGCAGUUCAAGGUCCCUGCAGUACCAGUGAAGACUUUGAGGAGGAAACCAUCUCAGGUCGAAUUGGAGGUUGCGCCAACGAUAGAGAGGAAGAAUAAAGAUACUGUCAAAGGAAUUGUCGGUAAAAGCAUUCCGGCGCACCUUCUUCCCAAGACACAUGCGGAGUACAAGGAAGUCUUCAACUGGAUAUACCGUGGAGUAUGCUUCGCUAUGCGUACCGAUAUGAAAACUAAACCAGUAAACGAAGACACUGCGAGUCGUCUGGCCAGAGUUCAUGUUGGCAUGUACGUUCAAGGCGCUGAUGGGCGAAGAGGACCGUUAUGAUAGCGUCUGUAAAUUUUUAUCAUUUGUAUAAUCAGGUUACCCACUGUAGCAUAUAUCCACAAUCAUUGUCCGUCUGAUCUAAAGCAUUAGGUAAAAAGUUUCAUGAAAUUUUCGGACCGCGGGCUUCUGAAGAUUAUAUCUGCGCUUCUGGACGCCGCGCGAAAUGCAGUCCAAUAUUAGUACUCACCCUGAGUGCCUUCUGUCCCUGACCAGAUGUCAUUAAUGGUCUGAUACGAAGGAUCCUUGUUAGGCGCGGAAGCCCCAGGUCUUCUAAAUGACAUCCAUA